GAGCCGGGAGAGCACGCCUCGUGCGGUAACGGCCUUAUGGACAGUGGCUUCUCAUACGAUCCCAUACUAUUCAUGGAGAAUAACGACUACUCUAUAGUAUCGGAUGAGGUGUUGUUAGAUAUGGUUAAAGUGCUCACAUUUGCGCUCACAGAGGGAAAGGUGGCCGUUCACUGUCACGCCGGACUGGGCCGCACGGGUGUACUCAUAGCCUCGUAUAUGGUGUUUGCCUUCCGGUGCAAACCUCACGACGCCAUACGAUAUGUGCGAUCCAAACGGCCUAACUCUAUACAAACGAGGGGACAGAUACUCAGUGUACUACAGUUUUCGCAGUAUGUGGUGCCGUUUUUUGUCAUCUACCAGCACAUAAUUCAUCGACAAAUGGGUCUCAAUUUGGCGCAAAUAUUGCACAGACAGAGGCUUUUGUUACACGGAUACGAGUUGAGACAUCUUAAGUAUAUACCCAAAAUAAUUUACGUGAUUUGCGAGCGACUGUUGAAACUGUGCGGACGACACAAAGCCUACUCCCGUGGGAUCAGUAUCUCGGGCGCCGUUAGCAAAGAGGUUGGCAUUCAUUUCCAAUUAGACAAAAGCGACAGUUUCUGCAAAUACUUCUUCUCGGGACUCACUCCCGGCGCCACCGCCGACCUCAUGAGACAACACCGGAGGCCCGCCUCCAACCAUACCACAGCCAUGACCUCUGGCAUCGGUAGCCCCGAGACCUACUUAACCGAAUUGGACGACAUGUCCGACAGACACAGCCCUAAACGCACGGGUAAUGCGACCAAAAGCCAUAAACUAAUGACCGAUAGGGCGGAGUCGAGUCCGCAAUCGGGUCUUCCGCCGGUUGACGACGAGUUCCUCAUAGAGAGGGACGGCAUGAGUGCACCCAUGCGUCAGAUCAGUCGCGUGGGCAUCGAGUCGCCUAAGACGGGCACCGGUAGCUCGCAGGCCAGUAGCCACAGUAGUAGUAGAGGUGACGAUUCAUUGGAGUCGUCCCUAUCGGAGAGCCUGACGUCCCUCAUCGAGAGCCUCGGCUAUCGUGUGGUUAAAAUAGAUUCCUCGCAAAUGGUGUACGAGGAGGACAUGGAGUUCGGGAACGGUAGCGAUGGCGACAAUAAGAGGAACGCCUACUCAGUGAACGACAAACUCAUUGACGACGAGUUCUUCGGCCGUAACACCUAUUAUAACGACGAGUGCGGCGAUGAUAGUGAGAGCACCGGCUCGUCGAUCGACGCUCAGUGCAGCUCAGGCUUCGUGUCCACAAACUGUGGGAACAGUACGGAAGGGGAGGACUACGAGUCGGUCGACAAUAAGGAUGUGAUUAAAGCGCUUUUAGCCGAUUAUAUGGCGUAUAAUAAGCCGUUUGGCUAUCAUUUGCUUCAAUACCAGAAAGACUUGAACACAAAGCCUAUGGUGUGGCAGAAGUUAAGCCACGAAAUGAAUGUCCAAAUGCUGUGCGCGUUGUUGUGGUCGUGGAUCGACUCGUUGGCCGAGACGGUGCUCACGAAGACCUCGUUGUGUCAUAUCGUGGUUAAGGCGGAGAAGCCGUUGGACGCACUCCUUAAACUCGAUCAGUCCACUCGAUAUACAGCGGAAUAUCUGUUGAGAUUCAUCGCCAGAUUAGGUCCCGAAGACGGCGAUCGAGUGCUACUCAUACAGCACCUGAUGGCCCGACUCACGAGACAGCGGUUCAAACUGUCCGAUGGGAGUCUGGUGCCCGAAGGGAGGGAUUGGGCGGAGAUGCGCAAAGGGACAACCGGUAGGAUAAUGGUGUUCAUCGAUGGCAUCUAUCACAUGAUUACAACCAAUUAAUGUUCAAAAAUGAC